GAGCCGCGGAUAACAAUCUCCAUGCAAUCUUAAAUUUGGCAGGUAACAAAUAUAAUGUCUUCAGUGGCUGCAAGACAAAUAGUACAAGAUAACCUAAGUGGGUUGGAUGUGAGAGAAGUGUCUUCAAAUAUUCUCUGCGAGUUCCUUGAAGUUGCGUUUCAUCUGAUUCUCUACAUAAGGGAGAUUUACCCACCAGUGCUGUUUGAGCGUCGGAGGAAGUAUAACGUUCCAGUGUACAUGUGUGUGCACCCUGAGCUGUGUCAGUAUCUGAGGGACGUGCUGACUGGUCUACUCCCACUCAUGAAGGAGGGGAAAAUGGAGGAGAUGUGGCUCUCCGUACAAAACAAGGAGCACAAGGUUGUGGAGAAGUUUGUGUUUGAACUGAGAGGACUAGACAACGAAGCUUUAAGUAAUGACGCUCAUCUGUUGCAGCUGGAACGAGACUUGAGAGCAAUACUCCUCAAAAUCAGUGUCUGUGAUGCUCUCCUCUCACCAAUACCCCCGGGUAAAUCACACCCCCACCCCUCACACCCUCACACCCACACACACAUUCACACAGAUUGUACAUUCUCGGUUCAAGUACAGACUACCCUGAGAUCAGCUGAGGCCAUGGAGCAUCAACAAGCAGUCAAGGAGUUUCCAUGGGUGACAGCUGACCCCAUUGACCUCACUGAAGCUACAGUGGUGCCUCUGAAGACAGUCUCCAGCAGCUUGUUACAGAUGCAGCUGUGUGUGAUUGAAUCCCCUCUCAAGUCUAAAGAACAAUGAACUCCUUCAUCACAUCACUAACUGGGUCACAUCAGUAUAAAUAAUUGCAGGAAAAUAAUUAAUAAUAGUAUCAUUUUGUCUAAUUUCUUCACCAAUUCAACAGUUCAUGAAUCACCACUGCUUGUAUAGCUUGUUAAGUUGAUCAAAAGUAUAAUACUAAUAAUAAUUAUAGACUUGAUUGUUC